AUGAGCGAUAUAGUAAGCCGCUCUAUCGUGCUGUUGGAUCAAGUAUGGCCCUCACUCGACAACAGGGAGAUAGGGUACAUUUACGCCAAGGAUUUCCCUCUAGCGGUAUCCAAGAUGGAGGAGCUGUUGCGAAAAGCCAAUCCAAAAGGCGAGAAGCAAACAUUGGUAUCCAAAGCAGGCGAAGAAAUUAUCAAGAAAUUUGGUACCGAUCAGGAGUUUUUCAAAGUAUACAAGGAGGAUUUUGCGGAGCUAUUUGAUGGUCUUAUUGGUCACAGUUUUGCUAGCGCGGUAGACAGGUGCUGCCGAGAGGGAGGUUCUGAUAUAUCUCGUAUCAAUCGCGAGUCGAUAAGCUUCCGCGAUAAUGAAGAAACCCCGGUGGAGGCCGAAUUGCUGCGUGAAGAACUUCUGGCGAUUAAACAGGAAUUGACGAUGGUGAAAGGGGAAAAUGUCGACAAGGAUCAAGCUAUCGCAGCUCGCGACGCAAUCAUCGCAGACCUGCGACAAAAGAAACACACCAGCGAUGUGCCAUCUACUAGUAGUCCCAGCGGAAUGCUUAGAUCGACGAAACUGCAGGCGCAGGUCGCCCGUUUGCAAGAAGAUCUUAGAACCCAGGUUAAUGUCAUUCGAGACAAAGAUCGUGAGUCGCUCGAUUUAGCGAGAGAGCUGGAUGAUUUAAAAGACAAAUAUCAGUUUCUGGAACGUGAAUUCCAAUUCUACAAGGAUCACGGAGAGGGACAGAAGCCUGCCUCCGCGAAAGAGGCGACCAAACAUGAAUUUAUUAUAUUAGAGCUCAGACGAAAAAUUGAAGAGCAGAGUGAUAUGAUAGCGGCGAUGCGUCAACAGGUGGAGUCUAAGUAUUUUAGUAUUCCCGCCAUGAACUCAGGGACUGUGGAAUCGGGCAUUUUGAGCUUUGUUCCGAUAAGCAGAAUUCUUCGUUCCUUCAUAGGGGUCGUGUUGCUCGUGAUAGUAGUGAGAUUAUUCUGGGCUGUGCUUUUUGGAGCAGCUGCCGUUUUCAACAGUGAUGAGGCUCAAGCAUUGAAUUCGAAGAUCGAUUUCGAGUGGUGGGAACAGAGUUCCCUGCUGAGCAAAAUGCACUGGUACUUUACAGAUCGUUUUGAGAGUGGUUGGGGUCCUGCAUCCGACGAGGUCCUUGAUGCAAAUUACAAUAAGGUUUUUGGAGUUUGA